AUGGCUACUACGGGCACACUUGCCUCGGCCUCUUCCUGUAGUAGAAAUCGUGCGUCGAGUUUCAUCCCCACUUCUCCAAAUAACCCGGAGAGCCCGUCCGAAGGCCGCUUCGAUGCAGAUUUUCUUAUCAAGAAACGAGAGCAUAUGCUAUUGAGACGGUUGAAAGACGACCGUUUCUACAAAAGGGAUGAUGAGACCAGUGACAGUCUGCCACGCAGUGGACCGCCUCUGAACGCUGACACCAAUCGCCCAGGAUCCAAUGGCUCCGCGCUCACUUGCAACUCGCUACGACGCAGACGCCAAGAUGAGCUCGCUGAGUUCGAAGAAAAUCCCGCUGAAUGGGAAAAAAUAAAGAAACAUCUUCGGGGUCGAAAACGCGUAUGCAUCAAUGUAGGCGGCACAAGACAUCAAGUGCUAUGGUCUACACUGGCGCGAAUUCCUAAGACGCGUCUCGGGAUGCUGCGGGACACAACGUGCAUGUGGGAUCUCAAACAACUGGUGGACGACUACUGCCCUGAGACGGGCGAGAUCUUCUAUGACAGGCAUCCGGGCUAUUUCAACACCAUCCUCAAUUUCUACAGAACAUCGAAAUUACAUAUACCCGAGGAUGUAUGCUCACUGUCAUAUGGCGAGGAGCUAGACUACUGGGGCAUUGACGAUAUUUACAUCGAGAGCUGCUGCCAGGGCCGGUACCACCAGCGCAAGGAGCAAAUCGUGGACGAGAAGCGCCGAGAAGAAGCGGCACUCGGCGACGGGGAAGACGAAUUUGCGGGCGUCACGUGUUGCGUCGCGCGCCGCAAGAAAAUGUGGGACCUACUAGAAAAACCAAAUUCCAGCUUCUCUGCCAAAAUCCUAGCCAUAAUUUCUGUAUUAUUUAUUGUACUUUCAACAAUCGCACUAUCACUCAACACGAUGCCUGACUUCAAAGAUAAAGCAGAGCUUAAUCAUAUCGAAUCGGUAUGCAUUGCCUGGUUUACGAUGGAGUAUGUUUUACGCCUAGCUGCUUCGCCCGACAAAUGGAGAUUUCUCAAGUCUCCCCUUAAUAUCAUAGAUCUCACCGCGAUAUUGCCUUAUUACAUCACCGUCUUUUUAACCGAGUCAAAUGCUAACUUGCUGGAAUUUCAAAACGUCCGCCGGAUUGUUCAGAUUUUUCGAAUCAUGCGAAUUUUACGAAUUCUGAAACUGGCGCGCCACUCGACUGGUCUUCAAUCUUUAGGCUACACAAUGCAACGGUCGUACGAGGAACUCGGACUGCUUCUUCUUUUCUUGGCCAUCACCAUUUUGAAACGGUUAUAA